GCGCCGGGCCAGAGCCGAGGAAGCGGCAUCAUGGCGGCGUCCGCUGGAAGCGUGCGGCGCGCCGUUAAGCGAGCGACGGUGCCGGCCUUGGUGGUGGUUCUGGGGGCCACCGGCACCGGGAAGUCCAAGCUGGCGAUCGAGAUCGGGAGGCGACUUCAGGGAGAGAUAGUCGGCGCCGACUCCAUGCAGGUGUACCAGGGCCUCGACAUCAUCACCAACAAGGUGACGGCUGAGGAGCGCGCCCAGUGCAGACAUCACAUGAUCGGCUUCGUGGACCCGUUGGUCAGCAGCUACACGGUGGUGGACUUCAGGAACAAAGCCCUCGCUCUAAUCAAUGACAUGCAUAGCAGAAACAAACUGCCGGUCGUUGUCGGAGGAACAAACUACUACAUCGAGUCUCUGCUGUGGAGAGUCCUGCUGAAUACGGCGGAGAUCGAGGAGCCAGCGGACGGAGGAGACGAGGCUCCAAACAGGAAGUUGGCGCUGGAGAAACUGGGAGGAGCUGAGUUACAUAAACGACUGGCGGAGGUCGACCCCGGAAUGGCGGCCAUGUUGCACCCCAAUGACAAACGCAAAAUAGCCAGGAGUCUUCAAAUCCACCAGGAGACGGGGGUCCCCCACAGCCGCUGGCUGGAGGACCAGAGGGGCCAGGAGGGGGGCGAUGGCCUGGGGGGGCCGCUGAGAUACCCAGACCCCUGCAUCUUCUGGCUGCACGCCGACAUGGCGGCUCUAGACGAGCGGUUGGAUGCUCGCGUAGACGACAUGCUGUCUGCUGGACUCGUAGAGGAGCUCAGAGACUUCCACGUCCGCCACAACGAGCAGAAAGUCCAGGACGACAGUCAGAACUACCAACAUGGGAUUUUCCAGUCGAUCGGCUUUAAGGAGUUUCACGACUACCUGACCGCUCCUGAAAGCAGCACCCAGCGGGAGAAGGACGCACUGCGAGACAAAGGUAUAGAAGCUUUGAAGAUUGCUACGAGACGUUACGCCCGCAAACAGAAUAAAUGGGUCCGUAACCGCUUCCUUAAACGACCGGGAGACAACGUGCCGGCGGUGUAUGGUCUGGAUGUGACGGACGUGUCGAGGUGGGAGGAGACGGUGCUGAACCCUGCACUGCAGAUACUGGAGAGUCUCAGCAAGGGCGAGGAGCUGGCUCUUCAGCCAAUCAGAGGAGAGGGGGAGCAGCAGAGAAACAAGCGGAGCCGCCACGCAUGUGAUCUGUGUGACAAGGUGAUCAUCGGUGACCUGGAGUGGACAGCUCACCUGAAGUCCAAAAAGCAUCACCAUCACGUGAGGAAGAAGAGAAAGUCGGACCAAUCACAGGCCCCCGCUGCGCCUCCCCCCGCCUCGGCUGCAGGGACUGUGGGAAGCGUCUCGCGGGACGCCGUCGUCGUUGCCCCGGGCUGCACUGAAACCUCCCGAGACAGCGAGGAAGUACCUGAGACACUUUAAGAGUGACGCAGACUCUGGUCUACGUGCAUUCAGGUUUUCCACCUCACAGCCGUCCCCUUACGGGGCCUUACGGGGCCUUACGGGGCCUUACGGGGCCACUUUUGAACUGUACUUCCUCUUUUGAGAUUCUUAUUCGUCGGGAGUGCCAGAGAAAGGAUGAACGACCUUCUCCCGUCACUGCAGAUACAGGACUUGUGACGUUCAACCACGACAUGGAUUUCACAGUCCAGUCUUUACCGUGAUAAACACACACACACACACACAUACACGUUUUGGCUGCUGCUGCCCGCCGUCAACGGAUCGUUUCCACAGUUUACUUUUGCUGAGAAGAAAUAUAAUUUUCCUUCUUUCUAUCAACAAACACAUCCGCUUUUCCCCCAAAGAUGUGCUUUCUUAAGAUAUAUCUGACAUUAGCAAUAAUAAGGGAAAAUUGGGUUAUUUAUGACGUUUUGAGCGGAUUACCCCUUUUUUUUUUUUUACUUUUGAACCCCCCCCAAAAAUACAUAAAUAUCCAGUGAAACGGGUUGUAUCGCCCACCGCUAGUCGAGAUGUUGGAGAUCAGGACGAUUCUGGACUCAUAAAUGACUCCUUUUUUGUUGUUGUUGUUAUUAUACAAGAAGUUUAUUUUUAAAUGAACUUUCAUCCUGUUGCUGCCUUCACCGUGUUUUAGAGUGUCAACAAAAUGUCAAUAAACCAAAUGGACCUCAGCGUUUUCUUAACCCGACUUACGGGGGACGUGUUUUGUGUCAUCGGCAGCAGUUCUUCCGUUGCGCUUACGCCGCACCAGAAAACAAAUUGUGCAGCCGCCGCGUUUCACCGUCGUCGUCGUCGUCGUCGUCGUCGUCGUGGUGUGUCUCCGGCUCUAAUAACCGGUCACCUGAUUUGUGCCGUUCG